AUGGACCCUCGCGGUCUGCCUUUGUCGCCGCAGCCGUCAAACGACCCGAAGGAUCCUCUCAACUGGAAUCGCUGGUUGAAGCUGAUGGUCCUCGCUGAGGUCUCGCUCUUCUCGUUCCUUGCCUUGUUCAGUGCAUCUUUGAUUACCCCGGCUUUUGUGCCUCUCUCACUUUUUCUGCACAAAGAUCUGGUGACGACCGCGUAUGUGACAAGCACCUUCAUCCUACUCGCCGGCAUGUCCGCUAUCUUCUGGAAUCCCAUCGCCAACGUAUAUGGUCGCCGCCCAGUCUAUAUUGGAACUGUCGCCGUCGCCGUCGCAAUGUGCGGCUCUUCGGGUGCGGCCAAGAACUACGGGACUCUCAUCGCUCUGCGCUGUCUCAAUGGUUUCUUUGGAGGCGUGCCGCUUGGCCUAGGAAGUGCGACUGUCUGCGACAUGUACUUUGCCCACGAGAGAGGUUUUUACAUGGGCAUCUACACCAUCAGCUUCUUGACUGGUGGGCAUAUCGCACCACUUAUCGGCGGGUACAUCGAGAAGAACCUGAGCUGGCACUGGUGCUUCUACGUCCCGUCCAUUAUCACGGGCGGUGUACUCGUCAUCUUCAUAUUGACCGUUCCGGAAACGCUCUACUCGCGUACGCCUGCGGCUGUGGCGCGUCCGUCUCAGUCAUGGAUGUCCAACAUGCUCAUGAAGAGACGCGCGCAUCCCACGCGUCGAGUGCGCGCCAUCGACUUCUUCCGACCAUUCCAGAUGAUGAUGUAUCCAAGCGUCGUGUUGCCGACCUGGUGCUACUCGCUGUGCUUUGCCUAUGGGAGCAUCUUGUUCAUCAUCACCAGCGCAAAUCUCUUCCGGCAGAUAUACCACUUUGAGCCCCAGCAAACAGGCCUGCUGUUGGGUAUUCCAAUCACGGUUGGCAGUAUCAUUGGGGAGUUGUUUGCUGGGGGCGUAUCCGAUUGGAUCAGUGAAAGACGAGCACUGAAGCGCGGUGGCGAGCGUUGCCCCGAGGACCGACUGCUGGGUAUCAUUCCCUCCGUGCUGCUCACGCCUUUGGGUAUCAUCAUUGAGGGUGUCUGUCUCGAGAACAGGACGCAUUGGAUUGGAGUUGCCAUGGGAAUUGCUAUCGCCAGUUUUGGGCUACAGGUCAUGACUACUGGAGUCUACACAUACACAGCAGAGGCGAGUGACAGCUAUCUCAAUCUUCUGCUUCACCUUUCUCGCUAUGCGCUAACUAUGUAUGUGCCUCUAGUGUUAUAA